GCCAGUCGCCACUGCAGAUCACACACGCACGCACACAUACACACACACACACACACACACAAGCAAGGAGCAUUGCAGUGGGACGACUUUUAACGCUUUUAGGUGCUGCUGAAUAUGAGGCAACGUCAACGCUGAGCAAAAACGCUGACCGUAGUCUGAGGUGCCUGGCCUGCCAGCGGGGAUGUCCAGAGCCACAAGAUCAGCUUCUCGGUCUCGGAGUCACUCGAGAUCCCGGUCCCGAUCGCGCUCCCGAUCCCGGUCCACCUCGCACUCUCAAAGAAGUCACUCCCGCUCGCGCUCCAGGAGACAUCGAUACAGCUCUAGGUCACGGUCUCGAUCACGGUCCCGGUCAAGAUCUCAAUCGCCACUUUAUAACCGCGACAAGAAAUAUCAGAACAGCCGUGAGUUACGGGGAUAUCACCGCGGCUUCCGGAGGCCGUACAACUUCCGAGGCAGAGGACGGGCUACUUCUCUACGUGGACGAUACCAGCGUGGUGGUGGUGGUGGCGGCGGCGGCAGCAGAGGUUACAAUAACAACAACAACAAUUAUAAUUUUCGUAACAACUGGAAAAAUUACAAGCAGAACCCGCAGAAGCAGCAAAAACAGCAGCAUCAAAACCAGUCCCGAGGGCGACCCUACCUCCAGAAAUUCUCUGGAAGCCCCCCUCCUCCAGGACAAUCCCACCACACUGACCGAUCCCCUUCUCCAUUAUCAAGGCAAUCUCAACAUUCUAACGCUUCCUCUCAUGGCUCUUCUCCCAAAGCCCCUUUGGUGGCUAAUCAGAGUUCCAACAAUGUAAAAGAGGAGCUCUUGGCCAAGGAGGCCCAGAAAGAAGGGGCAGAUGGGGAGCAAUUUGAGGUGGGAGAUGCCCAAGGUCCAGGUGGUGGGUCAACUGAGGGGGGCUGGCAUAUCCUGACUGAAUACAACAGCAGUCCAAAGAAAGCCAGUCCAGAAAAUCUUGCUGUCAAUCUUCAGAACAGCCAAAACUCAAACCAGACUGGUAGCUCAUCUCAGAAUGACACCAGCAAUGGUGCCCCCUCUUGGGAGACGGUGUGUAAUGCACCAAGUACACAAAUGUCACAGGAAGCGCUAAACCAAAUGCUUUCAAGCCUUGACAUGUUCAAGAGCGAGGAAUUCCCUGAUGGAGACAAAGCAGCCAUCUCCAUCGCUUUCAGAAAGUUUCUGAAGGAGCACAAUAAAAAACCCAAACCCAGUUGGGAAAACAAGAGCACAGAGGCAAAUACUGUAGACGAUGAAGCCGAUAUAAACGGUCCAGCACCGGCAGGUGUCGCUGAGCCACCAUCAAAGUGCCACACAGAAGACCUCAACGGCAAAGUGACUUUAAAUCAUUUACUGAAGGAUUCUCCUUCUGCAUCUGAGGCGGAGGAGGACGGAAUCCUCCGCAAACCUCACUCAAAGUCACAGAACAAAGACAGGCACAAUGGAGAUGUUGACAAAGCGAAUCCAAAGGUUGUUCAUUCAUCCAGAGAGCCGGUUGAUGAGUGCUUUGACAGAUGGCAAAGCGUGUCCUCGCAGGGAGCCGACAGCGAAUCCAGCGCUCUCGGAGAGGAGAGGUACAAUGCGCUGCAAUUGGCUGCCAUUGCUCGGCGGGAAAUGUCGGGAACCUUUGAAGAGCUGGGUUGCAAACCCAUGAAAAUAUCGAAAUCUCUCUCGACGCCAUCUCCCGUGCCACUGUUGAGGCGGAACUCUGACAGGGAGAUGUUUCUGAUGACAGAGGAGGACUCAGCGUUGUUGUCCUUGAGAAAACCUGAGCCCAAGAUUAAUGUCAGAAUGGAUUUCCUUGGAGACAGCAUGAUCGGCACUUCCGAGAUUUUAGCUCAGGAGCGACAGUUGUCUCAGGACCUGGUGCAAUCGUCAAAGAGAGGUCAGGAGUUCCGCUCCAUCUUUCAACACGUUCAGACUGCGCCGAUGCAGAGAACUACCGCCGAGCUGUUUGCUCAGCACAUUGUGACCAUCCUGCACCACAUCAGAGCUCAUCACUUUGCCUCUUCCCGAAUGACUCUCAAUGAGCGAUUCACCAUGUACCAAAGGCAAGCUGCAGCGAGGGAGAGCAUGAAACCCCGAAAAAGCCCAGAGAUUCACAGGAGAAUUGACGUAUCACCAAGUGCUUUUAAGAAACACUCACAGGUUUUUGAGGCAAUGAAAAGCUCAGAGGAUGGCACUAACAAGGAUGUUGGGGAAAAAACAAAGGGUGGCCCAAUGGACCUUCGGUUGGAUAUCGAACGGCGUAAAAAGUACUCCGGCCGUGAACGAGAUUACGAUCAGGACGGGCUUGCUGACUCCCCAGACACUAAUCGCGAGAAACCCGAAGAAACGUUCCCCAAGAAAUCAAAUGAGAGUAAGUGCUCUCGCUCCAGGUCAUCUUCCUCAUCGUCCUCCUCAAAGUCCCUUCAGGGUGACGUGCCCAAGGCCGAGCUCAAAAGCGACGGCUUUAACAGGGCUCGGCUAGCUUCGACUGAGACCACUGCAGAGAAACAAACAACGUGGAGGGAAUUUCAAGUACGAUUUCGCGGAAGAGGCUGGAAGAAGGGCAACCACCCGGGAGACUGCAAUCCAGACAUUGCAGGAGCACCCAAAGACGAAGACUGGGAUAAGGAAAGUCCCCCAAAGAGCAGAGCAUACUACUUGCACGAUGAUAGAGACGCCAAGGUAGAAGCCAGCAAGCAGAUGGACAACCGAGGAGGGCUCGGCGGAGGUGGCUUGUCACGUGGAUGGCCGAGGUUUAUCAUACGAAAAACCAACGUCGGGGGAGCCAACAUCACGUGGGCCCAAGAUAAGUUCCUGGUCAACGGAGAGAAAAGUGGCAUGCAGGAAGACCAUACAGAACGGCAAAAGAAAGAUGGAAAUACUUGAGCGUCCACAUCUUAAGAGACCGUUCUCAAACGGGAUCCGAUUCGCAUCCACUGGAAUAAUCGACAAACGCCGAUUCCAGAAGUUUAACAUCUGACUUCAGUUCUUUCAAGAUGACUCACUGGUACUUGACAGUCACGGUGCAUUACUGUUUCACAUACCUUACCUGGUAAUAGUUUUUGUUUUGAGUGCCAGUACAAAAAAAAAAAAAAAAUUCUGGUUUGUGCCUCCAACUUGUCACAAAGUUUUUAAAAUUCAAAGACCGCAUCAGUUGGGGAGGGAAUGCUGGGGUUAAAAGAAUGGUGGAUUAAACUGUUGAAUUGUACGACGCUUUUUUUGUAGUUCUAGUUGUGUCUGAUACUGGAGGGAUGGAUUGAAGAGCACUUUUGUUGGCCUGGAUCAGACAAAGGGACCAACUUGUAAAGGGUCAUCAAAAAGUCAAGUCAUCUGUCAGAUUUACAAUAUCUUAGCAUAAAGCAAACUACCUGGACUUUCGUAACAUUGUGGUCACGUUUUGAAUUUCUGUUAUUCACAGUAGGAGCUUUAGCUGGCUAGAUGUAGAAAAGAACACGUCAUUGGGUGAUGUGUCAAUGAUCUCAAAUGACAUUUUUUUUAACAUGGUCGAAACUUUAAACACAGAAUUAGCAUUUUCGUUUGCCAAAGUAUCUUAAAAUGAUGUGUUUACGUCUGCUUGGCUUCCAUAGUAUACACGCGGAGUGUUUACAUGAAAUAAUUUAUACGAAUUAUAAAGAUGAUUCAAAGGUUGUGCUGAAUGGUUUUCACUGGGUCAAACGGUGUGCAUAAUUUGCAGUUUGUAGAAUUUGUGUUCACCUGGUGUGCCUGUUUGUGUUAUGCUGGAGCUAAAGGACUUUCGAAUAAUCUCGGGUGUUUGCUUUUGAAAACUGUUUUAUUAAAUGGAACACUGAGGACAA